GCCAGGUGAAGGCAAGUGAAAUAAAACCCAACAAUUCCCAGUUAAAGUUUCAAACCCUCCAACAAAUCCAGACUGUUUCCAUCUGGAAUCAGCGAAAGAUCAAUACCGAAUUCCACAAUACACUGGUUACCGUUUCUUCCACUUUGUCGUUCCGUUUGAGCCACCCUACGUCGCAAUGUCCUGCAAAAGCUGUCCACCCUUCAAGGCCUCGGAAUUGGGCGUCUUCUUUCCCGACUGCUUCGAGCGGGUCAAUGGGCACUGCAACAAGAAGAAUCCCGGCAAUGUCCAGAACCUGCACUACUUGGCCCACCGGGUGAUGCCCAAGUUCUACGACGGCAUCGAGCUGGACUACCUGCACCGCCUGGCGCCCAACAAGUACAUCACGGCCUCCUGGGUGCUCAGCCACAUCAGGGCCUCCGGAUUCCGCUUCGGCGGUCUCUACACCUUCCGCGUCCAAGACGACACCAUGUACACCCCCACCAUUAUGGGCGAUAUAAAUCCCACUUCACUGGCGGCCAACCUGAACAUCCUGUAUUAUCCUUUCCAAUCCCUGCGCAUGGAGGCCAUUCUGCAGAAGGCCAGGGAGGCGUAUCCGGUGGAGAACCAGUACACGAUCGAGUGGACGCGGCAGUGUGACACUUGGACCGCCAACUUUUACAAUGUCCGCAGUGAAAGUGGCCGCUGCACGCUUUCCGUAAUGAGGUCGGUGACCGCCCAUUGGGCCCUCGGAGCAGAGCUCCUUUUGCAGUGGAACGCACCCCAGAAAGUGACCCCUGACCUGGCCCUAGCAGCAAGGUAUUCCCACUACAAUUAUUCCCUGGCUGCUACCGCUUCGCGACAGGGUCUGGAUAUCAGCUAUUGGCAGCGCAUCCAUCCCCAAAUCCAGAUGGCCAAUCUCCUGGCCUGGAAUCGUAGUACCCGAAAGACGAUAGCCACAAUCUGCUACCAGUGGAACUUCUGGAAUUCGGCGGUACACGGAAUGUUCGAUUCUGAUGCAUCCGUGGGCUUUAUGUGGAGCAAAUAUCUAACGAAUUUGCCACUGCAAAUGGGUUUCAGUGUGGUGAUGAACCUUCCCACAGAUCGAUUUGCCUUCGGCAUGCGUUUUGUUUUAGAUCCGAGUGGAUUGAGACGUGGCGUGUAGUUGUAUAUUAUUCUAUUACUUUUAUUAUAUGUAUUACAAAAUUUUCCAUGGCAAGUCGUAGACCAGAGUUGAGAGAAAUACAAAUUUUCUGUUUGGAAUACUUUAAUUUCAUAAAAA